AAGUUGCGUCGGGAUGGCGCCAUCACAGCCUAAGCUCCCACAAAAUCGGCUGCCAUCCGACAGACGGAGACUCGGUGGAGUGGCCGUACAAGUCGAGGCUGGUUAAUGUUCAACGGAACCCCCUAUAGCGACAUAUCUUCGCAUAUGAGACCAUAAGGACGAAGAUCCAAUGCUUUCGUUAAACCACCUCGCCUCGUUACAGCAAAUUGGAGUCUAAGAACAGGUGCGAAAUGCCAGUCAAGGUCGCGAUUAUAGGAGCGGGCGUCGGCGGCUUGACGCUUGCAGUUGCUUUGCAGCACAACCCGAAUCUGGAGGUCAGCGUCUAUGAGCGAGCAACCGAAUUGAAAGAAAUUGGUGCUUUGGUCGGCCUUGCACCAAAUGGCCUGCGAACGCUGGAAAAGCUGGGUGUGCCAGAGGCACUGACAGAUGAAGUUGGCUGGCGCAGCCCAAGCGGAAUCCCGAUGAUUUUCUUGCAUUGGCAGACUGGUGAGCUUCUCAGUGAAGAUCUUUACCACAACGUGCCAGACCGGCGGCACCAUUUCGCCAGAAUGCAUCGCGCACAACUACAGAAAGCUCUGCUCAAGCAUGUACCUUCUGAAAGCAUUCAUUUGGGUAAAAAAGCCGUGAGCAUAGAGGUAGAUCGAUCGACAGGGUCUACCGUAGCCUUUGCCGACGGCACCUCAAUCCACGCCGAUGUUGCCGUUGGUGCUGAUGGUAUCAAAUCGAAUAUCAGAAAGGCGUUUGUACCGGAUCACGAAUUGGUAUGGGCUGGAGAUCUUGUUCUCCGGUGUACCUUUGACUAUUCUUUGGUUGAGGAUAUCAAAAACCUCCCUCAAGACUCGUCACAUUUCGCCGGACCAAAUGCGUGGUUUUUCGGAACAAGAAUAGGCGCGGAUCAGUUCGGUGUCACUGCUGGGUUGAGUGUCGACCCUGAAAACGAUCCAGAGUUCAGAGAACCUGUGUGGAAUGCACCAGCAGAAGUCAGAACCCUUCGUGAGCGAUAUGCUCACUGGCAUCCAGUCGUUGAACAAAUCAUUGACAGAGUACCAUGGGUUCGACGAUAUUGCAAUGUUGCAGGCCGUGCACUGGAGCAAUGGAGUUUCAAGGAUCGUGUUACCCUAUUAGGUGAUGCCGCUCAUACCCAUGGAGGUGCCUUUGCGGCCGGAGUAUCUCUGGCAAUCGACGACGCCUUCGCAUUAGCAUUGGCCUUCGAUGAGAUAUUUCCACCGGCUCUGGCGCCGGCCAUCGGCGUAGCCAGCUCGGAGCUCAUCGGUCAAGUAUUUGACCUGUACGAGACGACCCGAAAGCCCCAUGCAGCUAAGAUGCUUGCCUAUGUGCACGACGGCAGAGGAAAGGCUCGGGCACGUCUGGAAAAGCGCCGAAGUGGCGGGCCAGAAUCGGAUGUGGAAUUUAGAAAAAGGAUGUCGAACCGUGGUGACCCAGUCUGGGUGAACGAGUACGAUGUGGAGGCCGCCUUCAGAAGAGUGGUGGCCGACAAGACAGCUGUCCAACCUACGAGUUGCGCAGCUCCGUCGAUGCAGGCUCAAGCAAGGCUGUAGAUAUUGGAUAGUGAUGAUGUAC